AUGACUCCUCCUACCCUAUACAAGCCUGAGGGGAACGGGGCGAAUAUGCACUUUUCGCGGCCGAACCCGUCUUCUAUAUUCCCACCCUCAUCCAUCCUCUCAUCAUCCUGUUCGUCCCUCCUGGUCCCUGUUGCCAGUCAGUAUCGAGGGAAAACUCCAGAAGCUUCGGGGCCACUAACCAUGGGGUGCCUGCUCGACUUGUCUAAAGGGCACCAGGAGCCUGAAUUGUGCGAUGUCCUGCCUCGACGGAAUCUCCUCCGUCCGGUUCUCAGAUCUCCGAACCCAUCUGCAGCUUGUGGUAGGCCAAGAUGA